AUGCAACACGAUUUCUCUGAUGAUUCCGACGACAGCUAUGUCUUCGCCCUUCACAAAGGCCAUCCUGUUCACUCUGUGUAUAAGGAGCUACCCUCCGCGAGCGUCAUUGUCCAUGGAACUGCAAUCACCGCGCUCAUCAACUCGGGUGCCAGCGUAAACCUCUUGGAUGAGCAAGACUUCAAAGCGCUCAAGAAACCUCCACCAUUGAAACGGGAUACCACAAUAAUAAAGGCAUAUGGCAUAAAGGAGCCGCUUAAUACCCUUGGCAUGUUUACAACGGAAGUCGAAUCAACAUCCAAGAUCGCUUGUGCUGAUUUUCACAUGGUGCACGGUAACACUGGGUCAAUUCUCAGCUAUCACACAGCUCGAGAGCUUGGACUCAUACACAUCACAAACACCAUCGCAACGUCUCCUUCCACUGCUGCCGAGCUUGUACACAAAUACGAUCAUCUGUUUCAUGGCAUCGGCAAAAUCAAAGAUCAUGCUGUCAAGUUAUACAUCGAUAAGUCUAUUUCCCCUGUUGCUCAACCACAUCGACGCAUCCCUUUUCAUCAACGCAAGAAAGUUGAAGAUGAAUUGCAGCGCCUACAAGAUCUUGACAUCAUUGAAGAGGUGGAUGGCCCCACUCCUUGGGUUUCGCCUAUCGUUGUUGUCCCCAAACCAAAAAAUCCAGAAAAGAUAAGAAUCUGCGUGGAUAUGAGAGCACCUAAUACAGCAAUUCGACAAGAACAUCACAUCACACCUACAGUCGAGGUGGAGUCGCAAGCUGACUCAUCAAGGUGA